AUGAAUGCCACCCAGCAUGAUGGAUUGAUCCGAGGCUACCACAACCGGAGCCACGGCGAGUUCACUCUGCCUGUGAACAAAGACCUGUCAGCAGAGGGGAAAGACGCGUCCUUGGGAUGCUAUGAGCAGCUUCUGAUCUCCACUGAGGUCUUCCUUACCCUGGGCAUCAUCAGCCUGCUGGAGAACAUCCUGGUUAUUGCUGCCAUCAUCAAGAACAAGAACCUCCACUCGCCCAUGUACUUCUUCAUCUGCAGCCUGGCCGUGGCUGACAUGCUGGUCAGUGUCUCUAACGCCUCCGAAACCAUCGUUAUAGCGCUGAUCAACGGAGGCAACCUGACCAUCCCUGUGGCACUGAUCAAGAGCAUGGACAAUGUGUUUGACUCCAUGAUCUGCAGCUCGCUGCUGGCCUCCAUCUGGAGCCUGCUGGCGAUCGCCGUUGACCGCUACAUCACCAUCUUCUAUGCCCUGCGGUACCACAACAUCGUCACUCUGCGGCGAGCCAUGCUGGUCAUCACCUGUAUCUGGACCUGCUGCACCGUGUCCGGCAUCCUCUUCAUUAUCUACUCGGAGAGCACCACGGUCCUCAUCUGCCUCAUCACCAUGUUCUUCACCAUGCUGGUGCUGAUGGCUUCGCUCUACGUGCACAUGUUCCUGCUGGCGCGGCUGCACAUGAAGCGGAUCGCCGCCUUGCCUGGCAAUCCACCGAUCCAGCAGCGGGCCAACAUGAAGGGAGCCAUCACUUUGACCAUACUGCUGGGGGUGUUUGUGGUGUGCUGGGCUCCCUUCUUUCUGCACCUCAUCCUCAUGAUCUCUUGUCCCAGGAACCCCUACUGCGCCUGCUUCAUGUCCCACUUCAACAUGUACCUCAUACUCAUCAUGUGCAACUCAGUCAUCGACCCCAUCAUCUACGCCUUUCGGAGCCAGGAGAUGAGAAAAACUUUCAAGGACAUUUUCUGCUGCUACAGCCUGACCAACCUGUGCAUCUGUGAGCUGUCUGCCAAAUAUUAG